CGUGGCUCCGGCCAGGCCCUCCCCGGCUCAGCAGGCAAUCGGAAGAAGAGGAAGGCGACAGAGAGCCACUGCUGUUACUUGAUGCUGGAGACAUGAGCUGCAUGGGGAAGGUGGAUGGUUCUCACCCCUUGCCUUCAUGCUGUACGUGACGGUAGCCUGCCCUGCGUCCUGUGUGGCAUGCACCCAAGAUGUGACCCUGUGUCACCAGCUAAACCACAUUGUAGCAGCUCCUGAGACCACAAAGGUUCUAAUCCUUACAGACGGAGACCUCUCUUCAGUAGAGCGUACCAACCUGACUCUCCAGGUUAACCUGGCCCUGCUCUCUCUGAGCCGAAAUGCUAUCUAUAGAAUUCAGGUAGGCUCCCUGCAUGGCCUCACCAAGCUUCGGACCUCGUCUCUGGGACACAACCACAUCCCCAGUUCUUCUCUGUCGGACCACACCUUCAGCAAGCAGCGAAGCCUGCAGGUCCUGGUUCUGAACCAUAAUUCCUUGCGCAGCCUGAGAGCAGCCUGGUUCCGGAACAAGGCCCUCAGCCGACUCUUGUUGGGUGGAAAUCGGAUCACCAACCUCACACGGAGUUCUUUUAAAGGUGCGAACCUCCACAGACUCAGGCAUCUGGACUUAUCUAACGAUUUCAUUUCCUUCAUUGAGAAAGAUGCCUUCCAGCCCCUGCCCCAGCUGCAGGAAGUGGAUCUUUCUAGAAACAUGCUGGCUCACACGCCGGACGCCUUUACCCCGCUGAAGCAGCUGAGCCCCCUGAGCUUGGAGGGAAACCACUGGAGUUGCACCUGUGACCUCUACCAGCUAGCCCGUUUUUUAAGAAAAUUUGUGAAGUCACCGGCUCGCACGCUUCGUAAUACCAAGGACCCAAACUGCGAGGUGUUCCCAGCAGCUGUGGCCACUGCAAAGAGCAUGCUGAGGCUGUCUGAGACCAACUGUGACUCCAAGGGUCAUAACGUCACUCUGGCUCUAAAGGACAGGCGUCCCCUCCUCCCAGGACAGGAUGUGGCUCUCAUCACUGUGCUUGGCUUUGCAGGAGCCAUUGGCCUUACAUGUGCAGGGUUAGUCAUAUUUAACUGGAAACUCCAACAAGGCCGAGCAAAUGAACGCACAUCCAAAAACCUUUCUUGCAGAACCCUCAAUGAAUCCCCGUGUGCUCAUGAAGCAAGAAAUGGCCGUGCCGUGGGGUACUGUAACUGCCACUUAACUCGAGAAAAUGAGACACAGGUCAUGUCCGAUGUGGGCUCCAGAAAGGAAGCACCACUUAGACAGGAAAACAGCCACCAAGCGAGGCUGGCCCCCAAGUCCACAGCCGUGGAUGUAUCAUUCAGAAAGCUGAAAGGGAGAGACCAUGAGGCACACAGUGCUUGCUCUUGCCUGGCUGAUGAACUACGGGCAGGAUGCUUGGGGCCUCCUGGGAACAAGAAAGCUCUUUAUGAUGCAGACUUAGCGACAAGAUGUUGUCCAAAGACAGCUGAAAAGCCAAGCAACCAGAAACGUGGAGAAAUCCGCUCUCAAAUCCUGCCACAGCAUGGAACAAAAACAAUAGAUGUGAGCAGUGACACAUUCAGAAGCAGAUAUGCGACAUCCUCCUCAGCCUUGGCAAGAGAGAGUGUUGGGAAGCAUUUAAUGAAUGAAUCAUGGCAGCCUCCAAUAGACAAAGGAGACAAUGCUGUAGAGCCAUCUGUACGGAGACUGUUCUCCACCAGCUCAUUCCCCAGGCGACAGGAGCCAGGGGAACGUGCUGUAGGCAGAAUGGCCCACAGACACAGAGUGGGAUAUGACCAUCACCAGGACUCUUUAAAGUGGAGCAAGCCCACGGAUUCUUAUCCCAAUGCUUCCUUCACCUGCAAAUAUGUGUCUUGGGAUGCAUUUCAAGAUUUUACGAGGGAGAAGAAGCCAAAUCGAAGACAGCACACAGAAUCUGAGAAGCAGCAAAUUCAAAUUAACAGAGCAAUAGAAAAAUUCCUCAGGAGUCAGGAGGUCAAAGACAAAUCAAGGUUGUCAGCAAAAAUCAAGAAGGCAUAUUCUACGAAGAGGGUUAAAUUCCAGGACCCUGAUUUAGUCAGGGCAAAAGGGCUGGUGGUGUCAGCAGAAACACCAGUCUCUGGGAGACAGCGAGAUAGUGAAAGCCAACUCCCGACUUCCUUGCAUCUCAAAAACUGUGCCAGCCUGGAGGAGGUCAAGGAAGCAAGAGAAAACCUUCCAGAGCGACAGACUCUGAAAAAGAAGAGACCCAAGCCCUCCCAUCUGAGGGAGAAGGCAAAGGGGCAGAAUUUAAGGAUGAAGGUAGGUCUGCACCCCUUUGGGAAAACUAGGGUCCACCCAGAGGAAUCUACACCAGAACCCACCAAGAGACGUAAACGAACAAGGUUACCUCCCCAGGGACCAGCCGGAACUUCCGGGAGAAAGUUCAAAACAGAACCUCUAUCUUUUGUCAGUUCUCAGCCGCCAGAGAGGAGCAGCCAUACUAAGCUCACUUGUUCAAAGGUGCCACUGGAACGCUCCUUAGAUCAGACUCCUAAUCAGGAAACAAACGACACCUUCAGAGCUGACAGCUUUUCUGUAGACAAUCGGGGUUCUGAGCAGGGCAGCUGCCAACCAGUGGGCUGCGCUCCCAAUGGAAGCCUAUUAAUGGCGCCUCAGCCCUCAGUCAGGGUUGCUGAGUGCCUGCAUUCACCUCCUCUUCUUUCACCCGAUCAAAUGGAAAAUGUGACUGGUCUACAAGGGGAAGUUCUUGGCCCUUCCCCAGCCUGUUUGGGGAAUGGAGAGAAUAGUGUUUUACUGUCUAAACACCCCAGGGGAGUUAUUGACCAUGUAGUAACGGUGUCCACUCAAGACACGGACCAGGACGAAUUAAAGAUCAAUGAGUUAAACCAGUUUACUUUGUCCCUCGGCGACCAGGUGAUUGGCACUUUCAGCAAUGAUCACAGUUUGGAUGAGAAUCAAGCUUUACAACAGGAGGAGCAAAAACCAAGCCACGGACAGCUUGGAAGUGAGGAAAAGCCAUUAAUGAACACAGUCAGAGCAUCCUGUGGAAGAGUGGAAGGCUGAAUUAUGGAUGGGAAAGGGGCUGGCAUAGGAAACAAGAUGGCUCUCAGAGAGGAUCGUGUGUCCUCUCCCACUGCCGGGAUGCAACCCCACAACAGCCUGCCAUUCAUGGAACAGCACUGUCUUCCACACUAGCCAAACUGCAGCAGGAGGGGACAGACACCAACACUGCAUCACGGGGGUAAAGGUGGAGAACCACCAGGGACAUGGGCAGGGGUGGGAACACAGAAGCAAGCACUCCUGGAGAGGGAUGCAAAUUCUAGUGCAGCAAGUUAGACAACACAAAUGGGCCACGCAGAAGAAAGGCAGCAGAUACUGGGAAGUUCAGGGAAAGAGAAACUUGUACUGUGCUUUCCAAGCUCUGACAAGGAUACAGUUUCCAUUGAAGAGGUGAGUAAAGUCGAAACUGGCAUGCUAUAGAGUGAGGUAGAUCCUUGAACUCACAACCAUGGGCCUCACUGCAGAUGCCUUGGAGAUAACCAACCAGAGAGAGAGGUGACAGGGAACAUAGGGAGGCUGCUGGGUCAGGGGGUGACACCAGGAGCUCCUUGCCUCUCACAGGAGUUAAAUGCUAUUCAUUCUCAGAUAGAAAACGGCGUGCCUCUAAUUCUGAACAGAGAAAAUGGAGCUGAAAACCCUGCUAAAAAACAUCAUUAGACACAUCGCUUACUGGGGACUCUUACCCACCACUUUUGGAAGUAGAGUCAGAAACACCAAGCCGCAUACCAUUUAUUUCCUGCUUAGGCUGUCUUCUUGGAGGAUCAAAAACAUCCCUAGCCUCUGUGGACACCAAACGUACUGUUCAGGGUGUAGUUUCUCAGUAAUUCUUCAUCCCCAGUGAAAUAUAGGUUUGUAGUCAGCUAUAGCACAGAAAUCGAAGAUGGAGCCUGAAGUAUAUUCCCUAUAGUUGAGAGAAUCGGUUCCUUCAAGGAACGGGAUGAUGGGAACUUUUGCCUAGUCCUGGAAAAUCAAACAAAGACUUAAAAAAAAAGACUCUCAAAUGAAGGGAAGGUUCGACGAGAAGAGAACGUUUUGCAUGUGACGUUUAUUUUAUGGAAAUUGUUAUGCAUGUCUCAAUUAGUGCUAUUACAACCUUGCUUUCUGCACUGAUGAGCACAGAUUCAUGUGCGCCUGAUCUGUUUUCUUAAUUAUGGUGUAAUGAAAAUUCAGCCGUGUUUGUUAAUUGUACUGCAUAGAGGUAAAUUUUACCCGUUUGUAAUCGCUUUGUCGAUAAUUUUCUUAGAUCUUAAGUAGGAGUCUUAAGAAACCUACUAUUUCUCUAAGGGGAAAUAAUUGAGGAUUUCCAGGCUGACUGUAGAAUUUGAAAAACCCUUUAAGUCCAGAAGAGGGCAAGCUCAGCUUCCUUCCUUUCAGAAGGGCAAACAGGUUUCAGAAGCAACACUGUGGCUGGAGAACAAAAGGAAUUUUAAUGAGCUUUAUUGCCGGUUGUUAUUAAUAUAAGUCUUUGAAAACCAAAUAACCAUUAUCGCCAGUCUUCGGAGGUUUGAUCUCUCCGGUCAAGCUUGUCACUGCUGUUUGCUGAGCACCCCUCCUUGCACGGAAGAACCAAAUGUGCUCAUAAACACUGGAUUUAGCUGCAGUGGAGAAUAACCCUUGUUCACGGAAAGUCACAUUUACCUGAAAACUACAGGUCCACUCAGGCAAUCUAUUACUGAUACCAAGUAAGGUGUUUAGCCUGUGUAUUCAGAGCAGGAUACCAGAGUUCACAUUGUGUAGUGGGGGGUAGGCAGGAGACUAAACAGAAACAAGUGUUCUCUGCCCCAUCUUUGUAUCUGCCCUGGCCUCUCUGUCCUUUUAGGUGCAUUUGAUAUUUAUUAAUAUUAAAUGAGCUUUAAGGGGUUGCUCGGACACUGCAAACACUGCUCGGCGCCCACUGCGCUUCGCUUCUGUUUCCUGUGUGGAUCUGACAGCAAGCAAUGGAACAGUCUCAUUCUGAGAGCCCUUCACCCCCUUUCUCUGUCUUGCUUGGAGUCAGACAUCUCUGGCUCAGUUCUUGCCCUACCUGUUCUCGCGUAGCCUCUCUGCCUGGGCUUCACUCCCAUACCACAUGCUGGGGUCUCCCUCCUCUCCUGAUACCACUUCACUGUGGGAAACACCUUGGAGGUGAGAGGUACACCUAUCUGCUGUCCUGUAUGGUGAGUCUCCUUUGUUCUGACUGACAGCACUCUUGGAGAGGGGGAUGGGGCCAUGGCUUUGUCUCUGUGUCUAACUUGCAUUUUUUCCUAACGUCUCAAAAGUUCUAUCGUCUCUGAAAUGAAGGCUCCUCAGCCUUGUUCUCUCUCCUUGCCGCUGCCACCCACCAGUAUUAACAUCGGUAGGGGUGAAGCCUUCUCUUCCUCACUGGCUGCUUCUCAGAAGGCAGCAGAAGUGGCCCCUUGCACACUGUCACCUCUUUCUUAGGCUGCUUCCUUUGCAAUAGAUCGUAGGUUUCCGUUAGCCUCCGAAUCCCCAUGGCAACCGCACAAGUACUUGUUAUAAUCAACUGGAUCACAGUGCCAGCAGCCCCUGGGGGCUGUUCUGACCUCAGAACCUGUGCUUCAGUUUCCAUGCUUCAGAUCUGUCUCUGCUGGGCACGCGCCGCUAGGGUGCUUGUGGAAGGCACAGUUUCAGGCUGCGUCGCAGGAAUGCUCAUUCUGAGCAAUCUCUCCUUUCACACAGACGUGAGGCUGCUCAACAGCCAAAGAUAACCCAGAGGUUUCUUCAUGGACAGAGUUGCAUGCGACCGUUUCAGUAAAAGAUGAGAAACCCUUCGUACCUAGAAAAUAUGUCUAAAAUAUUAUUCAUUGUAUAAUUUUUCACUGCUUCAGUGGUAAGGUUUAAACGAUGUACAAUUUCUUGUCUAAGCUCAUAUUGCAGCUGCCAGGGCUGACAUUGCUUACCUAAGUCAGCCUGGCUUACAUGGCAAAUUCCAGGCCAGCCAUGAUUACACAGACCCUGGUUUUUUUGUUUUGUUUUUAAAAAAAACAAGACAACAAAACACACUUCCUUAUGGUUCUUCUGUUACUGUCUGGACCUGCCUUUAGUCAGUGUCACUUAAGCCAGUACUGCAGACUUUGGGAUAUUGGGGGCUUGGAUUGUGUCAGGAAUUUUGAGAGGUAGUCUCGGUUGACUAGGAGGGAGUUUCAGAAGGGCGAGGGGGAGUAGAAAGGAUGUCGAUACAGUACUCAUGUCUGAGAUUCUCAAAAAAUUGAAUGAGGAAAUGAAGUAGUGGGAGGAAUAACACGGCAUUAUUCAUUUACAUCUGUAGAUCAUUUUAUCAAAUUCUUUUUGGUCUAGAGGUUUAACUGUCACUGACUUCAGGGCUGCCAAAACCAGCAAACCCUUCAUCUCUUUGCUCACCAUAAACAUACAUUUUUUUUCAGCGUACACAAAUUCCUUCUCUCACCAGAUCCUUAUUCAGUGAAUGCCGGUAUUUGGAUUUUGAUAUUAGCCCAAGUGUUAUUUCCGGGACAACUUCAAGGACUCACACUCUGUCCUCAGCUUUCUGGUUGGUUUCCUUUACAUUUUUCAUGGAGUCUUCCUAAAUCAUGGCUCAUAGUUCUAAAUUUAUUAAUGCUUGUUUAUUUAAUCACUACAUAAUGGAUAAAGCCCUCAGAUUCAUGGACAACAUGGCAGGAUUGAGCAGUAGACUCAAUAAACUAAUUGUUGAACUCUGAAAAUAAUCAGAGUGUUGGUCUCUUGUUGCCAUCACCUUACCACCCACCCUGCUGAUCUGAUAAGGACCUUUGAGGGCAUUGUAAAGACAAGAGAAAGAGCAGAACAUCAUCAGAUGCAGGGUCAAGGCUGAGUGAAUGCUCAAUGUUACCAGAUGCUUGGCAGCUCCACGGUUUAAUGACAACUUGUCUCCAUCUUUCUGCCUGAAACUAAAGCCAGCCUGUGUGCUGUGCUGAUAAAAUUCACUCCUUAGUAAUACAACAUUUCCAUUAAAACAAUCCCCCCUGUAUAUCAACAUACACACACACACACACACACACACACACACACACACACACACACACACAGAGCAAAUAAAUCUCUUUACUAUAUUUGAAAAAUUCUGGAUAAAGUGUUCGUCAAAUUUAUUUUCAGAUAAUUCUCUCAGGCUUCACAUUGUAUGACCUCUCCUCAAACUAUUUUAAGUCAUGCAAUUUUUAUAUAAAACUUUCCAGACACCAAAAUCUUAGACGUGGAAUUGGAGGUCCUGACAGGAAGCAUUUGUUUAUUUAUUCUACAGGCAUUGCCUUUCUGAGCACUUACAGUGUGGUUCUGAGUUCUAGGGUUAUAUGAAAGAACAAAGCCAGACCAAACAAGCAAAACGAAGUCUGCUAUUAUGGUGUUAACCUGUCAGUUAUUCAGUUAAAUUCAGUACAACACAGUGCUGUUUGAUUGAGUGACCAGAAGAAGAGUUUAUCCAGAGAGAUACUCAGACCACAUCCUGUGAGAAUGUUCACUUUCCCUCUGAAAGGGUCUAUGGACACAGUGGAUUGGACAAUGACUUGAUUUGAGUGUGGCCUUGAACAAAAACAAAAACAAAAUAAAAAAGACCCAUUGGCCAAAUCAAA